CUCCUCUCAAACCUAUUUCAGAGGUUCCAGCUAUUAUACCUCCAGCAUUUGAGCCCCACAGAUUCAGAAAUAUACUUUUGAAAGGUGACAAAAAUGGAGACUUGAGCAAAAUUAAUGUUGAAUUCCACAUGGUUGGCUUUAGAAGACGACAAAUUAAAAGAGAACCCAUGUAUUAAAUUGACUGUUAAAUACCAUAUUUUGAGCGUGGAGGAUCUGAUUUAUUGGUCAAAUACGGUUUGCUGACAUGGAUGCCAACGUGGCGAUGGGGAUUGCUUAUAUGGGUUUUAUUUUAUUUCUUGAUAAUAAUUGAGUUCUCGUGUAAACAAUACUUUCCAAUCUGAUUAACCUCACAAGGAUUUAUCGGCGUUUUAAUCUGUGACAGUACAUCGAUCUGUGGAAGGAAAGAUUAAAUCAGUAAUUGGAUCUGACAGACAUUAUCAAUUUGUUUAUUUGUAGGCUUAAGAGCGCCAGAAUCAUUUUUUGGCUCAUAUUUCCUUACUUUAAGCAUUUUUCAGGCACUCAGCAUUGACCUGCAGCAUUAGGAGCACAGGAGGAUAUCACAUUGAGGUUAUCUGGAUUUUUAGUGAGAUAUCUGAAGCGCUGUUUGAGUUUAUGUGAACAUGGCACUCUUAAGGAGAUUUUUUUUCAAGAAACCCCCAGAUGGGCUGCUUGAAAUUUCAGAGCGCGUGUAUGUGUUCGACUCCUGCUUCACAACUGAUCCUAUGGAGGAGGAAGAUUAUGAGAUUUAUCUUAAAAACGUUAUAAAACAGUUAAGAGAUCAAUUCCAAGAUGCCUCAUAUAUGGUGUUUAACUUUAGAGAGGGUAUGAGAAAGAGUCAAGUGACAGAUAUUUUAGCGGAGUAUGAGAUGGUGACUGUAAUGGAUUAUCCAAAGCAGUAUGAGGGCUGUCCCUUGCUUCCACUGGAGAUGAUUCAUCACUUUUUGCGGUCAGGAGAGAGCUGGCUAACCUUGGAGGGCCAUAACAAUGUAAUUUUGAUGCAUUGUGAGAGGGGAGGAUGGGCUGUUCUUGCCUUCAUGCUGGCGUCUCUUCUCAUAUACAGGAAACUGAAUACAGGGGAACAGAAGACUUUGGAAAUGAUUUAUAAAGUAGCUCCAAAAGAGCUUUUGCAGCUGCUACAUCAUCUCAAUCCGAUACCUUCUCAGAUACGGUAUCUGCAGUACAUUUCCAGGAGAAGCAUUGGCUCUGAAUGGCCGCCACCUGAAAGGGCUUUGACCCUAGAUUGUCUUAUCCUUAGAAUAAUCCCAAAUUUUGAUGGGCAAGGAGGAUGCAGGCCAAUCUUUCGCAUAUUUGGGCAGGAUCCAUUCAGCCCUGAUGACCGAACAACCCAGAUGCUCUUUACCAUGUCAAAGAAGAGCAAGAACAUUCGGCAUUAUAGACAGGCAGAUUGUGAUGUAGCUAAAAUUGAGAUUCAAUGCAACAUCCAAGGUGAUGUAGUUCUUGAGUGCAUUAACCUGGAUUCAGAUACAGAGCGAGAAGAGAUGAUGUUUAGGAUCAUGUUCAAUACAGCAUUCAUUCGAUCCAAUUUUUUGAUGUUAAACCGGGAUGACAUUGAUACACUAUGGAAUGCCAAAGAUCGUUUUCCCAAGGAUUUUAGAGCUGAGGUGCUUUUCUCUGACAUGGAUACUUCGACUUCUCCUUUACUUAAUGUGGCAACCCUGGGUGGUGAGGAAAAGGGAGGUUUGCCAAUGGAAGCAUUUGCACAGGUGAAAGAGAUAUUCAGCAAUGCGAAUUGGGGGGAUGGGAAGGGUGAUGCUGCACUUCGUAUGCUUCAGAAGAUCAGAGAAUCAAAUGCUCAGGAAGAAAUGUUGGACACAUUCUUAUCUGGUGAUACAAAUAAUUAUUCUCCACGAUUUGCUAAAGUUGGGUUGCCUCAACUUUCAGCUCACGUAGAUGAAAAAGAUGUGAAAGCAUUUCAAGGUGAAUGUUUACUGCCUUCUCAAGUGGAUUCCCCAUCACCAAUGAUGUCAAAAAAUUUAUAUCCAACUACCAAUGUUCCCGGUUCAUUCCCUCCAACCACACAACCAUCCAGAUUGCAUAGUGCACCUUCAGCACUGGGGGUACCUGUGAAAUGCCAAGCAAUUGUAGAACAUCAUACAACAAAUGAGAAUGAAACAAAAAUGCACAAUGAACUCCCACAAUUUGAUGGCAUGUCUGCACAGUAUUCACCAAUUCCUGUCACAUUGAGCCCACAACCUAAUCAUGCUCAAGUUCUGCCUGCACCUGUGCAACCAUUGUUAACUAUAGAUGGCAGUCACACCGGAGGCAGGCAAGGAACCUCUUCGCUACCAUCAUCAAUGCCAUCUUCCUUUCAGUCUGGAGGUGUUCCUCAACCAAUGGUUCCACCUUCCCAAACUCUUCUUUAUGGAGCUGCAAUUACAACACCAACUCUAAUUCUCCCUCAUUCUGAAGAUGUCCCCUCAGCCCCCACACCACCUCUGCCACCCCCUCAUCCUGCACUUACACAUGCACCUGUUCCUCCAACUCCACCACCCCCUCCACCUCCUCCUCCAGGAAGUCAGGGAGCCUCUGUGCUGCCUCCUGCACCUCCCCCUCCCCCUCCCCCUCCUCCUCCACCAGGGGGUAGGGUUGCUCCACCACCACCUCCUCCUGCUCCACCAAGGGGUAUGGUGGCUCCACCACCUCCUCCUCCUCCUCCACCAGGGAGUAGGGCGGCUCCCCCUCCACCUCCUCCACCACCAGGGAGUAGGGCAGCUCCACCGCCUCCUCCUCCACCUGGGGGUAGAGGAGCUCCCCCACCUCCUCCACCAGGGGGCAAGACGGCUCCCCCUCCACCUCCUCCACCAGGGGGCAAGAUGGCUCCCCCUCCACCUCCUCCACCAGGAGGUAAAGGGGUCCCACCUCCCCCUUCAGGGGGUAGAGGGGCUCCCCCACCUCCUCCUCCAAGUGGGAAAUCACCUGUUACAUCUCUUCCAAGUAAUCAAGGAAAGGGUAGCCCUACACCUCCUCCAGGAGGAAAGGCUUUAGGAACUGCAACUCGAGCUGGAUCAAAUUCUACCUCAUCGCAGAAAAGAUCUUCACUGAAGCCACUGCAUUGGGUCAAAGUGACAAGGGCAAUGUCAGGCAGCUUAUGGGCUGAGGCUCAGAAAAGUGAUGAGUUAAGCAGGGCACCUGACAUUGACAUGUCAGAGCUUGAGUGCCUUUUCUCUACUGCAUUGCCGUCUUCAGCUUCUGGUGGUUCAGGGGAUAAAGCAGGACGCCGAACAUCAAUUGGGUCAAAAGCAGAGAGAGUGCUUCUGGUUGAUUUAAGAAGGGCUAAUAACUGUGAAAUAAUGCUCACAAAGGUUAAGAUGCCUUUGCCUGAUGUGAUGAAUGCUGUGCUUGCCCUGGAUGAUUCCAUUUUAGACUCUGACCAGGUGGAUAACCUUAUAAAAUUCUGCCCAACAAAGGAAGAGAUGGAAGUGUUGAAGGCCUAUACUGGAGACAGAGAUAAUUUGGGCAGGUGUGAGCAGUUCUUCCUGGAAAUGAUGAAAGUUCCAAGAGUGGAAUCAAAGUUGAGAGUCUUUUCCUUCAAGAUUCAGUUUGCUUCUCAGGUGUCUGAUCUAAGGAAUAACCUGAGUAUCAUAAAUGCUACCUCUCGAGAGGUUAGAGAUUCUGUUAAGCUACGGAAAAUUAUGCAGACAAUUCUUUCCCUGGGAAAUGCAUUGAAUCAAGGAACUGCAAGAGGCUCGGCAAUUGGUUUUAGGUUGGACAGUCUCUUGAAGCUGAUUGACACACGUGCUCGGAAUAACAAGAUGACACUUAUGCACUAUCUUUGUAAGGUGCUUAUGGAUAAGUUACCAGAGCUCCUAGACUUUGACAAAGACCUAGCUCAUUUAGAGGCUGGAUCAAAGAUCCAAUUAAAGACACUGGCAGAGGAGAUGCAAGCGAUAAGUAAAGGGCUAGGGAAGGUCGAACAGGAAUUAGCUGCAUCAGAAAAUGAUGGUCCAAUCUCUGAGGGGUUCAUAAAGAUACUUAAAGGCUUCCUUCAUGUUGCUGAAGCUGAUGUGAAAUCUCUUACUUUACUUUAUUCAGAAGUGGGUCGAAAUGCAGAUGCACUUGCCCUAUAUUUUGGAGAAGAUCCUGCACGAUGUCCAUUUGAACAGGUGGUUUCCACACUUGUCAAUUUCGUGGGUAUGUUCAAGCGGGCCCAUAAUGAGAAUUGCAAACAAGCAGAAUUUGAACGAAAGAAAGCUGAAAAGGAGGCAGAGAGGGAGAAGAUGAAGAAUUCUCCUCAUAGAAAAGAAUCUGAACCAUUGUCGAUGUCUCCUGUCAGAAACAAAAUUGGAUAGAAUGCUGUAAAAUAAUUCCUUGCUGUAAUCAAAUGCAAAUUUCUUUUCUCCCGUUUGCUAUUGCGGGAAAGAUCUGUUUUGUUAAUCAAAUGUACAAACAUGAGAAUUUGUGGCCAAGGUUGCAAGAUAAAGCAGUGACUGAAAAGUAAAGGCUAACAUGCAGGUCAUACCGCUGGGAUUGACGAACAUAUCCAGAGUCAUAGCUGUAAUCAUUAGAAAUUGCCAUUGGCUUUCUAACAGGCACUUACUGUAUUCUUAAUCUGAUCGACAACAAAAGAAUCAAGGAUUGACAGUGUACGCUUUCAAUUAUGUGGUUUCUGUACAGAUAUCUUUGUCCAGCUUUGCAUGUUUUAUCCGAAGAGUGUUUUGAUAUACA